GAUUAGGGCGCGCGCCUGGCUCCAGUCUUUAUGCAGCAAUCAAGUUGGUCCAUUGGCUUACGUCUUUAUCGCCUAACCGAAAAGAGAUAGUUAAGUCGGUUCCUUAUCUCUCUUCUCUUAUCUACGGACGCUGGGAGAGAUUCGAUGCUGUAAACCACUUCGAUAGCAGUCUCGGUAGUGCGCGCCUGUGCAGCGAAGGAUACCUGAAGGAUAGAGGCGCCGGCAAACUCGAAUUGAAACGUAUCCCGUCCCAAACUCGCGUUAUUUUUACAGAUUAUCUGUCCGUUUCUUCUCCGAUGGUUUCGUUUUCUUGUGGAACAACUUGCGCUUUUUUUACGAUGGUGGUAUACGUGUUACUUAAGGGAUGCAAAUACUGAAACGGUAAAUGGACGAAUGUAGCUGAAUACCGUAGAUAAAAGGUCUAUAAAAUCUAAAAAUGCGCAUCUAAAACCAUGCACUGUUUGCAUAAGUCAGUGGUCAUUAAAAACGUUUAAUUCGUCUGGGUUAUCUGGUGUGCUGUUACACUGAGCGCAGCACGUGUCCGAAAAGCGACCUUGACCCCUGAUACAUGGUUUCCAGCUUCGGUCAGUUGGCUGGAAUGAGAUUUUCAAUUCGAGUCUGUACGCACAUGCACACGCAUUUACGUGUAUGCAUCAAUUGUAUUACUUCGUAAAAUGUUUGUAGACUAUAGAUUUGCCGUAAGAUUUCUUUCGUGGCAGUCUGAAAGCAUGAGAGAUGCGUGAGAACUGGCAACCCUGCUGAUCGCUAAAAGAGCGAAGCACGUGGAGCGUGCCAAAGGGAGGAAAAGUCUUUCAGGGUCUUGUGGUUAACACCUUAUUUACAGCGCGUGUUGCGUCCAUAACGUAAGAUUUAUUAACGCAUGGUUUUGUCCCUCAAUAAAUCUUUUUUAUAUAUACUUUUUUGACCUGGGACUUAAGCUUGAAUCGCUUCUUCCUAAAAUUUAGAUUGUUUGAAGCCAGUCCAGGUUUGUUUUACAUUGUUGCAACUGGUUUAUUGCGUUAAAUUUUCAUUGUUUAUUUGUGUAGGAAUCUCAGAAGAUUUUCAUUGUAACUCAUUCUAAAAAGUGUUUUCGGUUUGGAACAUUUGGCAAAAGUCAGCCACGUAAGAUUUAGCCUCAUAUUUUCUCACUGUUGCUGUUCUUGCGUCCUAACCCAGGUAACUGAAGUCCAGUUUUCUCAGGAUAAUUUUUCUUGCCUCAAGAAGCUGUAGAGCAGGGCUGCCCAUUCCUGCACCUGCCGAUCUACCACUCUGCAGAGGUUAGCGUCAGCCUAGCUGGCUCUGCUAACGAGAUGCUACUGAAGGGCCCGUUCAUCUGUAUCGAGUGUGUUAAAUUUGGGCUGCACCCUACGCUCUGCAGGGGGGUCGACCUCCAGGCGCACGAAUGAGCAGCUCUGCCGUAGAUGGUCAUUCUUUUUGUACUGCAGUCAAUGUUGCUGGAGUCGACGGGUAGUGAGAAAGGUUUGCCGUUGUGAAACCCCUUGUAAACAUUGGGAAAGCAAACGAAAGGUCUUCCAACAGGAUGGAAUGUCAUCAAACACUUGUGCCAUGUAUUAAUUUGUGAUUGACCUGGUGGCAACAUGAAGACGUGCAUUGUACACUAUACAUAGUGACAGGCGAAACGCUGGGGAGGCUCUGGAAGCAUCUCCAGAUCGCGCUGCUUGUGGCUGACUCACCCUGGAUGUUCUCCAGUGCUAAAUACAACCACGGAGGUGAGAAGGACUUGUCACCGUGCUGCUAAUGGUGCUGGACUGGACCCGGCCAGGAUCGCCCUCUGCAUUGAGGCCCAUCUGUGACCCACUUGUCCUGGACCGCUUCAUCCAGGAGUCCCGUGACAUUGAGCUUGCUAUGGGGACGUGCCGGGACAGGUGCCGCUUGUCCGAGUCGCUUACUGUUCCGCGGACCAGCGUCGACUUCGCCGCCUGGGAAAGGAAAGACGUCCGGGAGCAAACCCAGGAGGUCCAGGAAGGACUGCGGCUAUUGGGGCAAGCGAUCGAGAGGGUGAAGGCAUCCGUCUCUGACACCGCUCUCAUUGGCCUCCUGGACAGCAGCUACGACAACAUUCAUAGCAUCAAACAGGUGAUCCGCAGUCUCGACAUGCAGGACUGGUCCCCCUCUUCCAGAACGUGGGACACUUGGACCGUGUCCUCCAUGCCAGAACUCUUCCGUGUCCACACCAACUUCCUGCGAGGCAAAGUGCACCUCCUUCUGAGCCGUGCGCCAGCUUGCCGUCAAGAAAAUCACUGACAUGCAGCUUCCCAAGACUUGGAGUGCGACUGGGUAUGACUGGGGCAGCCAGUGACUGGCCAAAUUCAGGAAGGCUCUCUUCCCCAUCUUUGGUUGCAUGGGACAAAUGAUUACAUUUUGAGAUGGCACAUGGGAGAGUACAGACAGUAUCUGACAUGUCCUGUCUUGAAGCUGUUCUGAAGCUCAGUUGCCUUGACAUCCAGUUGCUCCGAACCUCAGUUGCCAUGAAACUAAACUGUUCCGAAGCUCAGCUGUUCUGAACCUCGGUUGCCCUGAAACUAAUUUGUUCUGAAGCUCAGUUGCCUUGACGCUCAGCUGUCCUGAACCUCAGUUGCUAAGAAACUAAACUGCUCUGAAGCUCAACUGUCCCGAACCUCAGUUGCUAAGAAACUAAAUUGUUCUGAAGCUCAACUGUCCCGAACCUCAGUUGCUAAGAAACUAAACUGUUCUGAAGCUCAACUGUCCCGAACCUCAGUUGCCAUUAAGCUCAGCUGUUCUGAACAUCAGCUGCCCUCAAACUCUAUUCUAAAGCUCAUUUGUCCUGAAGCUCAGCUAUCUUGUGAUGUGUUUAUCUAGCAUCACUAUUAUUACCAUGGUUUCUUACGUCUGUACUCUGUACUUGUGUGUUUUGUUUUUAGAGUUAUUUUUAUAUAAAUUUUAUAAUAAUAAUCUUUAUUUUUCUAUAUUUCUGUAAAGCCUGGGGUUACAUGAUUUGACUGUAUGUGAGAGAGAAGCAGGCAUUAUUGCAGAUCUUUGAUAUUUGUAUGUACUGUUACAAUGGUGUUUUGCUAUAGUGUUAGUAUGUGUACUGUGCGCGCCUUCUCUCACCUGAAUUCCCUGAUUGUCAUACCCUGCCUCUCCCUGGAAGGACGAGAAGGCCGGGCCUAAAGUGUCCUCGUAACCCUAACCGAGCUCACACUUAGAGAAGGACAGGCCAGGUGAUCAGGCCUAACUUUGUUGCCAAUUUCCUUUAUAAAUGACUAUUUGUUUUUACUAGGAUACAUUUA